AUGGAAUCUGAGGAACAUCAACACCCAAAACGAAGCAAACCCUCUAAUAAUUCUCAAUUUCCAUCAACUUCAAUGCAUGAUUCAAUCUUGAAAAACCCUAUUCUGUCACGAGAACUCAUCACUGAAAUCCUCUUGAGGCUACCAAAGGAAAUCCCUCUUGAAAUUCAGAGACUUGUGUUGACACAACACAAGUUUGUAUUGACUCCUGUUCAUGAAUAUCAAUACAAUCUUGAGAGUUGUUCUCUUAGCUCUUUACUUAAUAAUGACUCUGUGAUUGAGUCAUUUGACUUUGAUUAUCCCAUGAAUAACCCCUACAAAAAUGUUUGGGUUAUUGGUUCCAUCAAUGGAUUGAUUUGUCUCGCCAUUGCAUUCACUGACUUAUUUAUAUGGAAUCCUUCUAUUAGAAAGUUCAAGAAAUUGCCUGAUCCUACACCUAUUGGUAGACCUGCUUGUUUCAAAUAUGAUUCUGGAUAUGAUGAGUGUCGUGAUGAUUAUAAGUUCAGGCGAGUUUCAAAGUCUUGGCUUGCUUUAAUCUCUAGCCCUGAAUUUGUCAAAACCCGUCUUAGUAUAUCUGCUGAUAACAAAGAUUACACACACCAUUCAACUCAGGCACUCUGGAAGUUCAAGAAAUUGCAUGAUUCUAGACCUACAUUAAUGAGGCUUGAUUGGCACGUAGAUGGUUUCAGCUAUGAUGAGUUUCAUAAUGAUUAUAAAGUGUGUUUAAGGGGUGUUGUGCCUCUAGACAGAGAUAGAACAAAGAGCGGCGGAUGGGGUGAACUUACUCUAGAAAUUGUGGUGCACGUGAACUUGUGA